GAGCAUACUCUGAGUACAACAGUGAAGACAAAUAUCCAAAUGGAAGAGGAUGGGCUAGGCUUGAUAUUAAUCCAGAAUGGGCCUUAUAUCCAGAUAUCCGGUCUAGUGGAAAAAAGUGCAGCGGUGAGAGAUGGAAAACUCCGAACAGGUGAUAUCCUUCUUAAAAUUGGACAUGCCAACGUCUUAGGAUGGACACUGCGAGAACUAAGGCAACUUUUGCACAACACUCCCAUAGGGACAGUUCUACAAAUCCAGGUUUACAGGGAUUUUAUGAAACUACCAGUUCGGUGGGAAGUCGCCUUUCACAACGUGCCAGAAAUACAAGGAACGGAGAUAACGGACAUAUCAAGUUGUGGAAGUGAAGAUGCCUGGACUAGCAGCGAAGGCUCGGCUGAUGAUGGCAAUGCAAAAAGGCCUGAUGCUGAUGAGAAUUGGAUUGGUGGGGGCCAUGCAGUUAGCUUCGAUGACGACGGCGUCUGCACUUCAACUGGAGUCACUUGCGCGACUCUUCAUAACAGAGCUGCACCCUCAGACACUUUCCGUAACGUUAAAGCGGUACGGUCGCUUUCUUUCGACCCUUCUAACCAACCCAAAUGGAUCUCGAAAGACUGGCACAUCUUCGAAAGGAAAACCUACACAUUCACCGUGGGUUCAGACAUUGGCUGCGACAUUAUGGUCCAUAAAGAUUUUGAAGUCGAAAGUGACACUGACGUUUCAACGUCGUAUUUAACAUCUUCUUCGCCGUAUUGGACUAUGUCAAAACAUCGUGCCGAGUCAUCAAUGUCAUCUACUUCUUCCUCUGUGUCGGACGCAUUUUGGCUUGAAAACUUUGCUUAUGAAUUCGAACAGUAAGGCAAACAGAUCCAGGUUUGCACCUCCAGAAACCACAUUUCUUAAGUUGGAUCCAAUUAGCUGGAUUUUCACUCAUAACUCAUCCUUCAACUGAAAACCUGUUUUCAUUUGUUCGGC